GACAAAAAAAAUUAUGAUUAAACAUUUUAUGUGUGAGCAAAUAACCUAGUACGCAUCUAAUUCUAUCCUAGUACAAUUGUUUUGUACCUUUGUCCUAAGUAAGAGAAAAACAAAACAAAAAAAUUAAGAUACGGACAUAGAAACACAACAGAUUGCGUUAGAGAGAGAAACCUCGCUCGGAUCCAAACCAAAUUGCUCUUUCUUCUAAACAAAACAAGCUUCCAAAAUUCUAACAACAACAGCUUCUUCCACCAUGUCAGAAUCAACCACUCUCAUGUUACUCUUUUGAUUCAAAGCUAAGUUUUCCCCUUUUUGCAUGUGAAGACAGAGACAAGGACAACAACAAUAUCUGCAAAGUGUUUUCUUAAACACGCAGCAAAAAUCCAUGUUUCUGAUUCCUGAAAACAGACACUUCCUUCAAUCAUCAUUACAUUCUCAUUUUGUGGGGUUUCUGAGAUCUCAAAAUCACCAAUGUUGGUUCAAUUAGGGCUCUUAAGAUCUUUUAUAUAAAUGGCAUUGUUCCGUAAGUUCUUCUAUAAGAAACCCCCUGAUGGCCUUCUUGAAAUCACUGAAAGGGUUUAUGUCUUUGAUUACUGCUUUACCACUGAUAUUAUGGACGAAGACGAAUAUAAAGUGUAUAUAGGAGGAAUAAUUAGGCAAAUCGGCGAGCACUUCCCCGACGCUUCAUUUAUGGUGUUCAACAUGAGGGAAGGAGAAAACCAAAGCCAUAUAUCAAGCAUUUUGUGUGACUAUGACAUGACUGUGAUGGACUAUCCAAGACAAUAUGAAGGUUGUCCAUUACUUACCAUGGAGAUGAUCCAUCAUUUCUUGAGAUCAGGUGAAAAUUGGCUUCAACUCGGGCAUCAAAAUAUCGUCUUGAUGCAUUGCGAACGAGGUGGAUGGCCGGUUUUAGCAUUUAUGCUGGCUGCGCUCUUGAUUUAUAGAAAAAUGUAUACAGGGGAACAAAAAACACUGGAUAUGAUAUAUAAGCAAGCGCCUCGGGAACUUUUGCAAUUGAUGUCACCAUUGAAUCCGUUACCUUCACAACUAAGGUAUCUUCAGUACAUAUCAAGAAGAAAUGUUGGUUCAGAAUGGCCUCCUCUGGAUAGGGCACUUACGUUGGACUGUGUAAUUAUACGACAAAUUCCUAACAUGGAUGGAGAGGGUGGUUGCCGUCCUAUAUUUAGGAUAUAUGGACAAGACCCUUUUAUUCCUGCGAAUCGGACUCCCAAAGUUCUCUUUUCUACUCCGAAAAAGAGCAAACUUGUUCGGCACUACAAGCAGACUGAUUGCGAACUAGUCAAGAUUGACAUCCAUUGUCAUGUUCAAGGCGAUGUUGUACUUGAGUGUAUUAGUUUGGAAGGUGAUUUGGAACGUGAAGAAAUGAUGUUCCGGGUUAUGUUUAAUACAGCAUUCAUAAGAUCAAAUAUUUUGAUGCUUAACCGUGAUGAAAUCGACAUGUUGUGGAAUGCUAAAGAUCAUUUCCCUAAAAAUUUUAGAGUAGAGGUUCUUUUCUCAGAUAUGGAGGCUUCUUCAUCUUCUGUUAUUUCAAUCGAUCUUCCUCGUAUUGAGGAGAAAGAAGGUCUGCCUGUUGAAGCAUUUGCUAAGGUUAAGGAAAUUUUCAGCCAGGUUGAGUGGCUCGAUUCGAAGUCCGAUGUAGCAAAUAUGCUACAACAGAUCACAGCAUCAAAUAUCCUUCUAGAAAGAUUGGACGGUGGAUCUCCGGGUUCUCCAAGCGCCUUGCUAGCCGAGUCAUUGUCUGGAAGAUUUAGAUUUGAUUCAAAGUCACCGAAUGAAACUAACAAUUUCAAAUCUUCCUUUUAUGAUGAUCUUCCCAUGUCUCCAUUGCGAUUGUCGGAGGAUGUUUCAAUGGAUAAAUUGAUUGAAUCAUUAAAAAUAGAGGAAUUGUCAGAAGAGAAAAUCGAGGCUCUUGCAAGUUUAGGUCAAGCAAGCAAACCUAUUCCUUUAUUUGAUCUGUCAAAUGAUUCAGAUUCUACUAAAGUUGAGACUGAAUCAUCAGAAUCAAAACAAUCAUUGGAAAAUUAUCCUAAAUUUCCUGUUUCUACAGCUCAGGUGGAACAAUCUGGCCCCUUAAUUGAACCAUCAAUAGAUGCAGAUUCGAUGAAAAUGAAGACUGGAUCAUUGGAAUCUGAGGAAAAGAAGAUUGAAUCAUUAGCAUCAACGGCGGUAUUGGAAAAUGACACAAUGCUUCCUGCAUAUGACUCUCCUACUAAUGCAAAUUCUGUGAAAAGUAUUGGACUGUUUGGAUCGAAAGAAAAAGAGAUUGAAUCAUUAGACUCAAAGGUACCGAUGGAAAAUGAUAGCGUAGUUAAAUCCAAACCAAAGAUGCGUCCAGAAGCUGAUAUAAGAAGUCUGAAUUCUGCAGGUGAAGAGAAUUUUUCAGUGUCCUCAUUUGAAUCAAUUGGGGAUGCUACAAUGGAAAAGAAGAAAAAACCUUUAGAUUUAACAACAUCACCAGAAAAUAACAUCAAGACUCCUGCACCGGCAGAUUCAAAUCCUAAUACUAUGAAGUUUGAAUCAUUAGAAUCGAAGGCACCUGUGGAAAAUGAUACCAAGUUUCCUAUGUCUACAGCUCAAGCAAAACAAUUUACUCCCUCAAUCAAACCAUCCACGGAAGCAAAUUCAGUGAAACAGUCGAUGGAGCAAUUAGAGUCAAAGAAAAAGGAUGUUGAAUCAUUAGAAUCAAAGUCAUCAUUGGAAAAUGAUACCAAGGGGGAACAACAAUCUGUUCCCUUAAUUCAAACAUCAGCGGAUGCAAGUUCAAUGAAAACAAUGAAUGAGAAAUCAGAAUCAACGGCGUUGUCAGAAAAUGAUAUCAAGAGUCCCACAUCCAAGGUUGAGAAGGAUCAAACUAGUCCUUUACUUGAAUCCACCGUUGAUGAAAAAUCAAUUAAAAAGAAGAUUGAUCCUCAAGAAUUGCAGGUUUCUCUUCAGCUACCAACCCAAUCGAAAAUAAUUUCUCCACGGAUACAUCAAGCUAAUCGAUCAGCUACAGCUUCUUUUUCUUCUAAUUCCUCGUUAGGUUCACCUGGAUCAUCGGCUUUGGGAAUAACAUCUGUGUUGCAAGAUCAGGCACCAAUGGAUAUCAAAGAAGACGUCACUCAUGCAGUGUCGGUAUCUCCUCCUUCAGACUCAAAGGUGCCAAAGUCUGUAGAGACUUGUUCUACAAGUAUUCCUACAACAUCAUCAACACCAACAUUGCUUCCAUCUUCGCAGUUAAAGUCUUCAGUAGAUCCUCCUGGUGCUGUCGAAAAGACUUUAAAACCCCUUGUUUCUAUUCCUCCUCCACCUCCACCUCCUCAACAAGAGCCUACUUCAAAUUUGAUGCAAUCUACUAUUACUUUUACACAACAUGGUGAAAAUUCAAUGCAUGAUAGAAAUCAGAUAUCAUCAGCUAUUCCUCCUCCUCCCCCUCCUCCGUCCCUUCCCGAAACAUCUAUUUCCACCAUCAUAGAUUCAUCGAAAAGUCCUCCUUGUCCGCCACCUCCACCACCACCAUCUUCAACCGGACAAACUUCAUCAUCUUCAAUACCUCCUCCUCCACUUCCUCCUCCACGGAGUAUGAACAACUCUGUUGAUAUGCCUGGUCCUCCUCCUCCACCUCCACCACCAAGCCAACCUGGAACCACUCCUGGUUCCACUUCUACACAGUUCGUGCCGCCACCACCCCCUCCUCCAGCUUCUGCAACCCAAAAUUCUUUGUCUAAAAGCUCUCCAAAUGUUCCACCUGUACCUCCACCUCCUUCUGCCAAUGGCACUUCCAUACCUCCGCCUCCUGGAAUUCCUGGACCACCUCAGCCUCCUGCAAUUCCUGGACCGCCUGGAAAUGCACCUCCAGUUCCUGGACCACCUGGAAAUGUGCCCCCAAUACCUGGACCACCUGGCGGUGCAUUAAAGGGACGCGGAUUGCUACGAACUACUGCAAAAACUCAGACUAAAAGGAGCAAUCUAAAACCUUAUCAUUGGUUAAAGUUAACAAGGGCCAUGCAAGGUAGCUUGUGGGCUGAGACACAGAAACCUGAUGAAGCUAGUAGGGCUCCUGAGUUUGACAUGUCUGAACUUGAGACUCUUUUCUCUGCAGCUACUCCAAGUAAUAAUAGUGAAAAAGGAGGAAAUUCAAAUCGCCGUGGCUCAUCGCAAAAACCUGACAAAGUUCAAUUAAUUGAACUCAGACGAGCGUAUAACUGUGAGAUUAUGCUUACAAAAGUCAAAAUCCCAUUGCCUGAUUUAAUGGGUCAUGUUCUCGCAUUGGACGACUCCGUGUUAUAUGUUGAUCAGGUUGACAACCUCAUAAAGUUCUGUCCGACUAAAGAAGAGAUGGACCAGCUCAAGGCAUACACUGGAGAUAAGGACAAUUUGGGGAAGUGUGAACAGUUCUUCUUAGAAUUAAUGAAAGUUCCAAGAGUGGAAAGCAAGCUAAGAGUUUUCUGUUUUAAGAUGCAAUUCUGCUCCCAGGUUUUAGAGCUCAGAAGAGAUUUGAAUAUUGUAAAUUCUGCAUCUGAAGAGGUAAGUAAUGUUAUAUUUUUCAUUUUAAUAUUCUAUUUCUCAAAUCAACUUUCCGUUCUCUUCAGCUUUCGUUGUUAUGUGUAUCAGAUAAGGAAUUCAGUCAAAUUGAAAAGAAUCAUGCAGACCAUUCUUUCGCUAGGCAAUGCUUUGAACCAUGGAACUGCAAGAGGUGCUGCUGUUGGGUUCCGAUUGGAUAGUCUUCUUAAACUUACUGAUACACGAGCCCGAAACAACAAAAUGACCCUCAUGCAUUAUCUUUGUAAGGUGCUUUCUGAAAAGCUUCCAGAACUUUUAGAUUUCCACAAAGACCUAGUUAAUUUGGAGGCUUCAAGCAAGAUACAAUUGAAAUAUUUGGCAGAAGAAAUGCAAGCUAUUAGUAAAGGACUGGAGAAAGUAAUUCAAGAACUGACUGCAUCCGAGAAUGAUGGACCUGUGUCAGAAACCUUCUGCCAGAUUCUGAAAGAAUUUCUUAGUGACGCUGAAGCUGAAGUGAGGUCUUUGGCUCAGCUUUAUGCCAAUGUGGGUAGAAAUGCAGAUGCAUUAGCGUCAUACUUCGGAGAAGACCCAGCACGUUGCCCAUUUGAACAAGUUGUAACUACUCUGCUAAACUUUGUGAGGAUGUUCAUCCGAGCACACGAUGAAAAUUGCAAGCAGAUUGAAUAUGAUAAAAAGAAAGCCGAGAAGGAAGCAGCUGCAGAAAAUGAAAAGUUGAAGCAUGCUUCUAAAAGUGACUCUCCGCGUAUGAUGAGAACCACCAUCAAGAGCGGUGAUACAUGAUGUUUUUUUUUUUGUGUACAAUGUAUUUGAUUUAGUGUUGCCGCCGGUAAAUCUUGUGUGUAUUCAGCGAUAGCGAUGUAAAUGCUAAUCCAAUGGUGUUUUUUUUCUUCUUAACAUAAGAUAGAGAGUAGUUUUUCACUUUUAUUUUAAAGGAGAGUAUUUAGAGGCACCAAUACUGAGAAUUUUCAGUUAAUGUCCUUAUGCUACAUGCACUGGUGAGGACAAAUGCUUUGUAAAUAUCAAGGUAUUGGAUAGAUUAGAACACAAGUUAUACAUUUUAUUGAGUUUUUUUGUUA